UAUAUUUUAUACAAAGUAAAACGUGUGUGUUUAUAUAUAUAUAUAUAUACAGCUCGACUUAAUCUCUCCCGCUUUAAUUACGUACUCCUCUUUCCCCGAUUGCCGUGGUUUGAACUUUAAUCUGGGCUUGACUUGCUUGAAUCUCAGGUACUAAUAUAUUCGAGUUGAUUUAGGACAGGUUUAGAAGUUGCUUAGGUAAGGAACCGAGAGACUAAUGCUAAAUUCUGGGAAUAAUGUAAACCGCUGUAGUGCAACACUGUCAUCAACUAUGCCUUCUUUGCCCCAAUGUUUGCCAUUGGAGCCUAUUAUGUUAAGCAAUCAAAAGUACACCCGCUCAGGAGAACUAAGUAGGGUUCUGGGCUUUCCUCUUGGGAGUAUAACAGACGACCAUUCUCUUGGAGUUGGCCAUUCGAAACCUCCACCUCCGGUGGCAACUGAGGAGCUAAAGCACUUCAAAGAAAGUGUGCAAGAUGCCUCUAGAAGGGCCAGGGACAGAGUAAAAAUGUUGCGUGAAUCUAUUUUCAAAUUGGAUAAGUACAAAGAAGCUUUAAGCUCAAAGAAGAGACAGCGUAGUGAUCUUUCAUCAAGUGAGAGAUCAAAUGGAGUAAACAUAGUGAAACUGGGAAGUCAGAUUUAUAAAAAUCCUCAUGAAAAUAUGACUCAAAGAUUAGAAGACAGGACUAAGAGUGUUGGGUUCAACAAACGUGUUAGGACGUCAGUGGCUGAUGUGCGGGCAGAUGUUAGGUCAGCUGCUACCUCAAGGCAGCAGGUAGUCACAGACAAGGAUGAAAAAAUGCCUCAGGCUGUUAAUGCGGCUUCUGUUAGGAUUGAAGAAAAGACCCGUAGGUUGCUUGCUCGAGGUGAAGGGUUGGAUCAAAAAGUAAAAAAGAAACGUUCGGUAGGAGCAGUGAGUCAUAGAAUUACAGGUGGCGAACGGGAUAUACAACGAGCUACGCAUCCAAAGCUGAGUGGUGAUCUUAAGCUACGCUCUUGUGAUGUACAAGGUGUCAGAUUAAAAACUUCACUUGGAGUCGGGGGAAUCAACAAGUCAGAACCAUUUUUUGAGUCAAGUAAUCUCAGCACUUGUACGGUACUCAAGAAUGAUCUGGAAAAUGCUCCUGUUCCAAAAGACCGUUCAGUUGUGUUAGAGCAGAGGAUUGUGAAAGGAGACAUUAACAGGCUAAAUAUUAAGGAGGAGAACCCUGUAGGCAGUCUUAAUACUGUGAUAAAAGGAAAGGUUUCUAGGGCGCCACGAACUGGUUCCAUCAUGAAUCUAGACUCAUCGCCUAAUGUUCACUCUCCGUCUGCACCUUGUCAAGGUUGGCAACAGCCUGCUGGUGAAAACAAAGGCAAAGUGGCAAGUGUUAUGAGUAAUCAAAAGCGUGCAAUGUCGAGUGGUUCUUCUAUACAACCUAUGGCUCAGUGGGUUGGUCAGAGACCGCAUAAAAACUCUCGCACAAGGAGAACAAGUUUAGUUGCUCCUACACCAAACAAUGUUGAGGCUCAGAUUUCCUGUCACAGCUCUGCAGCUUCUGAUUUUAGUGCUAGAACUUCUUCUGUUGGGACCAACGGAUCACAACUUACGAGCAGUUUAGAUAAUCACACCCCGAAAUCUAAAAGAGAACUUACGAACGUUUCAUCUCCAUUUGGGUUAUCUGGAAGUGAAGAAUCUGCAGCUAGGGGAAACAAGUUGAAAGAUAAGGGAAUGGACAGCAUUGACAUUGCCUUAGCUGCAGAUCAAAAAGUUGGGGCUCACUUAUUCCCCUACAAGAAGAAUAAGUCACCAACUAAAGAAAUUGGGGAUAGUGUGCGAAGACAAGGAAGAAGUGGAAGGGGUUCAUCUUUGACAAGGCCUGGGAGUCCUCCAACUAUGGAGAAAUCGGAGAAUUUACCAACCACGAAGUCUCUUCAAGGCCUGAAACCUAUGUCCGAUAAGAAUAAAAGUAAAACAGGUCGUCCACCCUCAAAAAAGAUUAAAGAUCGCAAGGUGUUAACUUGUGUUGGGCCUUCAACAUGCAAUGGUUCGUCAGAUUUCACAGGUGAAUCUGAUGAUGAUCAUGAAGAACUAUUUUUGGCUGCCAAUUCUGCUCGUAAUGCUAGUAAAUUUGCCUGUUCUGGUCCAUUUUGGAAGAAAAUGGAAUUAGUUUUUGGUUCUCUCAGCUCAGAGGACAUAUCCUACUUGCAGCAGCAGUUAAGUUUUGCAGAGGAGCUUGGUGAGAGUUUGUCUCAGAUGUUUAGUGAUGAAUACAAUAUUUUGGAAGUUUUGAUGCCUAGAGCAAUCCCUAAGCAUUCUGGGGAAAGAGAAGGGAGCCAUUUUAGUCAAGAUUCAUUGAAGACUGAUGCUUUAUGUGAACAACUUGACAUGAAAAGGUUGGAUCCAUUGUACCAAAGAGUUCUUUCUGCUUUGAUUGAAGAAGGUGAAAGUGAAGAACUUUACCAUCAGAGUGAAGGGAAAAAUAUACACCUGUGGUGUGCUACUGAUGAUUCUCAUUGUGGUUCAUGUAAUCAGAAUCAUAUUGAUGUUGAACCCAAAGAUUGGGACAGAAUGGAAUCCGAAAUUGAGUCGAAAGUAGAUGUUCCGACUCAGAGAUUUUGCAUGCUGGACAGAUUUUCUUGUGAUGGAAGCGCUAAAACUUGUACACUUGGUAAUGGAAACACGUCCAGUUUUUUACACAGCCAGGAACAGUGGCAUGGAGAUGAUGACCUUUCAGAUUCUGAUGCGGAGCAACUGCAACCUAGGAAACUAGAUACUCCUAGCUUUCCUUCCUCUGACUGCCAAUAUCAGUUGAUGUGCCUGGAUGACAGGCUUUUUCUGGAGCUACAGAGCAUUGGUUUAUGUCCGGAGAGAUUGCCUGAUCUAACAGAGGGAGAAGAUGUGAUUAAUCAAGAUAUAAUGGGACUCGAGCAAGAGCUGCAUCAACAGAUUGCGAGGAAGAAGAAAAACUUAGCAAAAAUUGAUAAAACUAUCCAGAGAGAAAGAGCUACAGAAAGACGGAGAACUGAACUAGUUGCAAUGGACCAGCUUAUUGAGAUGGCUUACAGAAAACGAUUGGCUUCCCAUGGGAAUUAUGGUUCAAAAAAUGCUGUACGUAAGGUUUCAAAACAAGUAGCUUUGGCUUUUCUCAAACGUACACUUUCUAGAUGUCGAAAAUUUGAAGAAAGGGGCAUUAGUUGCUUUAGUGAUCCUGAACUACAGAAGGUUAUGUUCUCUGAACCGUCAUGCAACAGUGCUGCAAAAUCUAUUGAUUGUGUUGGCUUUGGAACUGCUAGUAAUACCUGCAAUGGAGGUUCCCAUCAAGCGGAAGUCAAGAGAUCCGGGGCAGCAUCAAAUGUGAGUGGGAGAUAUGAUUCCCAUAGUGAUAAUCUCGAAGGGGGUGAUAAUCUUGAAAGGGGUUCAUCAGUGGCUCUUCCGUCUGGUCAAGCUUCUUCCAAGCAUGGUUCAAUGUUGAACUUGAACAAGGGGAAGAAGAGGGAAGUGCUGAUUACUGACAUUGGUGGAAGUGCCUCCUCAAUUGUAACUUCAGCUCUUGAUGACACUCAUCACGAAGUAGAGGAAAAGAAAAAUGAGAGAGAAAAGGGCCGACAUUCAGAUAAUUUAAGAAAGAAUUUGCCCAGUGAAGCUGGUCGCACGUCGUUGGACUCCUUUGGAAGUGAAUUCAAAACACAAGGAAAUUCCAAGCAAAAAUAUACUCAGUUACCAAGUCAAUCAGUUGCUAAUGCCAGCAAUACAAGGAGUGGGGUGGGCCCGUCAUUACCUUGUAAUACUCGUACACCUUCGUCCAAAGAGGCGGAUGAACCCACUGAUUUUGCAAACCUGCAACUACCUGAAUUAGAUUCACUGGAAGAGAAUCAAGAUCUCAGUACUUGGUUGAACUUUGACGAAGACGGCCUACAAGAUCAUGAUUCAAUUGGCCUCGAAAUACCAAUGGAUGAUCUCUCAGAGUUGAUGCUUAUGUGAUACAGUUUAAACUAUUUGUUUCACCCUCUUCGCCUUCCUGCGGUUACACCGCAAAUCCAAUACUAAUUCCAAGAUUGAAAUCAUGUUAGUCUAACUACACCAGAUUGUAAUCGUUUAACGAAUAUCGAGGUAAUUGAAGAAUUUUGAUUGUGAAACCCAGAUCUGUUUUCUUUGAUUGUAAAAGUUGGUGUUCUUUUCCAGAGAAUGAUACCAGGCAUUACUCCCACUGAUGUAAUUUUGUGUGUGCAUUUCUGGAAAGUGAUUUGGUCUCACUUGUCAUAAUGUACGACUGAAACUAAUUAUAAUUUGAAAGGUAGCUCUUAUUUUGCA